UGUUCUCAUGUUUCCAAACUGUCAGAUCAAAAAACUCCAAAUUUGAAUAACUUUCUAAAUGCCGAAGAUACCUAUUUUCCUUUAAGUUUGUCAAAAAUUCAGUAACGGCUACUUCCUUCAUUCUUAAACAAAACCCUAUACAGAUCCAAUUUUCAGCAUAUUGAAAUGCUAACACGUGUAGGGCUGCUUAUCAUAGGUGUGGUUUUCCACGUUAUAUACCUAUAUAGCAUCUUUGACAUCUAUUUUACGUCACCUCUUGUUCAUGGGAUGACACCACAUAAAAGUCCUCUUGAGGCACCAGCUGAACGGCUUGUUUUGUUUGUGGCUGAUGGAUUAAGAGCUGACAAAAUUUAUGAACCUGAUGAGCAAAACAAAAGUAGAGCACCCUUCUUACGCCAAAUUAUGGAGAAACAAGGCACUUGGGGUGUUUCGCAUACUCGUGUUCCCACUGAAUCCAGGCCCGGACAUGUUGCUAUCAUAGCAGGUUUUUAUGAAGACGUCAGUGCUGUAACAACAGGCUGGUCGAUGAACCCUGUAAACUUCGACUCGGUCUUUAACCAAUCGACACAUACAUGGUCUUUUGGGUCUCCUGAUAUUCUUCCGAUGUUUCAACACGGUGCAUCAGACCCUAGCAGCGUAGAAACAUUUAUGUACCCACCAGAGUAUGAGGAUUUUCAAGGAGAGGCUUCCAAGCUGGACAUUUGGGUAUUCGAUCAUGUCAGAGAACUAUUUGCGAAUGCUUCUACAAAUGCAGAUUUAAGAGAGAGUCUGCAUCGUAAGAAAGUUGUAUUUUUCCUUCAUUUACUUGGAUUAGACACAAACGGGCACGGAUUUAGACCAAUGUCGAAGGAGUACUUGAACAAUAUUAAUUUGGUGGAUGCAGGAAUAAAGGAGAUGGUUGAAAUCAUUGAAGAGUUCUAUGAUAAUGACGGCCGCACUAGUUAUAUUUUUACAGCAGAUCAUGGCAUGAAUAACAGAGGUGCUCAUGGGGAUGGGCACCCGGAUAAUACUCGGACGCCGAUUAUUGCUUGGGGUGCGGGCAUCCGAAAGCCAAUAUUAUCCGGUUUAGGCCACGAUGAUUUUUCAGCAGAAUGGGGGUUAAGUGAAUUACAACGUGAUGACAUUCGUCAAGCUGAUAUUGCUCCUUUGAUGGCCCACCUUAUUGGGGCUGAUAUACCUGUUAAUUCAGUCGGUGAACUCCCUAUAGAAUAUUUAGAUGGAGACGAAAAUGCUAAAGCAGAAGCUGCAUUUGCUAAUGCUCGCCAAAUUCUUGAACAGUAUCAAGUUAAGCAUGACGAAAAGCAAGAAAAUGAGCUGUUUUUUAGACCAUUCUCAAAGCUUUCAGGAGAGAAUGAUCCUAGCAAUGUUGUAGCGGAAAUUCAAAAGAUGAUAGACAAGAAAGAUUAUGUAGGUGCUGAAUUAAAAUCCAAGCAACUCAUGGGAGACUGCUUGGAUGGUCUACGGUACUUUCAAACUUACGACUGGCUAUUUCUGCGAGGUGUUGUAACUCUUGGCUAUAUUGGAUGGUGCGUAUACUGUUUGCAAUUUGUACUCCGUCAUUUUGUUCUGUUGGACAAGCGACAAAAUUCUAUGUCAAAGAAGUCUACUCUCUUUGUCGAUAUCUCGUCUGUGUUGAUUUUAGGCGUUUUAUGCAGUAUUCUGUAUAUACAACGAAUGCCGAAGACAUACUAUGGCUAUGUAGUAUUUCCUGUAUUCUUUUGGAAUCAGAAUUUUCGUAAUUAUCAGUAUCUCUGGGAAACUUUGAAGAUGCAUUUCAGGCAAGGUCCUCUGAAAUUUCUUGGAACUGUCGUCAUCGCACUACUUUUCUUAGAGGCUCUGGUCUUUAGUUUCUUUUAUCGAGGAAUUAUCAGUGUCAUAUUUAUUCUUCUAGCUUUCUGGCCUUUUGUCAUGUCAAACAAAGUUCGUGAUAAAAGCAAACUGCUUUUAACCGGUUGGUUUAUAUCUUGUUUAUGUACAAGUAUAUUCACCCUCUUGCCUGUUGAGAAAGGCGAAGAUAUUACAUCAGUUGUUAGUGGCGGUAUAAUCGGUAUCAUUUUGGGUCUAUUCAGCAUAAUAAGAUUAAAUCAGAAAAGCCGUGUUAAUCGAAGAUUAUUAGUCAUUAUGAGCAUACAGUUGAUCAUAAUAGCUUUCAGUAUAAUCCUCGUAAAAUCAACAUCUGACAGUAUUCACAGAAGGGAAGGGCUUCCUCCAUUCAAUCAAAUUGCAAGUUGGAUCGUUAUAGGUACCUCCAGUCUAUUUCCUUUUGUUUACCGUGGAAAGUAUGACGACUAUAUGGGAAGAUUGCUCACAAUCUGCUUCGCUUUUGCUCCUCUCAUGGUUCUAUUAAGUAUUUCUUACGAAAUGCUCUUUUAUGUUUCGUUCUGCACUACAGUCCUAAUAUGGCUUGAAGUGGAACGAACCCUAUACAAGAACACACAAUAUGCCAGUGGUCGGGUUUUGAACGCUGGCGAUAUGCGUUCAGUUCUUUUGUUUUUGUUUUUCAUUGACGUCGCCUUUUUCGGUACAGGCAAUGUUGCGUCCUUGAGUAGCUUUUCUUUGGAGAGUGUUUACAGAUUUACCACUAUUUUCGAUCCAUUCCUUAUGGGAAGCCUCCUAUUGAUCAAGGUUCUGAUUCCGUUCUUCAUUGUGUCAGCUGUUCUUAGUGUUCUCACCUGUAGUGUUGAUUUGCCUCCUUUCACGUUAUUCCUGGCGGUUAUGGCAAUAACGGAUAUUCAAACAAUCAAUUUCUUCUACUUUGUUACGGACUACGGAAGUUGGUUAGAAAUUGGUACCUCUAUCAGUCAUUUCUGUAUUGCAGAACUCUUCAUUAUCUUUACGAUUAUUUUAUUCCUGCUAUCACGAAUCUUGGUUGGACAACUGGUUCUGCCUCGAAGCAAAAAAAUUGUUAACAGAAUGAAGCCGAAAACUACAUAGCUCUCCCUCAUCUUUUUUAUGCAUAUACAUACUUUAAAUACACCAGUUGUAAUUAAUUCUAGUUUACUCUACACAUCAAAUCAUAGCAUGGUACAAAGUACCGCUUAUUAAAUCAUCACUUGCAAUGUACGUUUAAUCCUUC